GCGGCGCCAUGCUGCCAGCGCUCCCUCGGCGCCUCCCGCCGCCUGUUGUUGCCGCUGUCAUCCCGCUCUCGCGUCCCCGUCGGCGUUUGCCGUCGCCCGAUCCCCCGCCGCGGCGGUGUCCGCGGCCCACGGCGACCCAGGGCCCUCCGCGACCAUGCCGACGCCAGCCGCCCGCCCCGCAGCCCGAGUCGAGCGCCAGCAGCGACGGGCCAGUGCAGCGAGUUGACCGCUCCGACCCGGGCAACCUGUUGAUUCCCCGCCACUACGACGCCGAGCCUCUCCGCCGACCCGUUCCGGAGCGGCCAACCCGCAGGUCCUGUCCCUCUUUCGCUCCGCCGCGCGCCGAGCUGGCAGCUGAGGGCUCCGCCACGCCGCGGGCCCGUCAGCGGAGCCGGCGGUCCCAGCUGGCGAGGAUGCUGUCAUCCGCCCUCCGACCCCGCCGGCGCAGCGACGACGACGGGACGGCCGCGCCGGUCCCAUGACAGAGCGCCGCGUGUCCGUGCGCGAGCUCGCGCGGGAGCUCGAAGCCCGCGCGGCUCGCGACCAUGGCUCGCCCACCUUGAGCGCCAAGUCGCGGCUGCACGGGCGCCUCGGGCUCACCCGCGCCGACUCCGAGCCCGGGGCCGACGGGGCCCGCGGCGGCCCCUGCCACUGCUGCGCCCAGCCGACUUCCGAGUGCCUGUGCGAGGCGGCCGCCCAGCGCCUGGCCGUGCCGCACGUGCCCCGCAAGAAGGUCUCUGCGCCCGCGAUCACCCCGCUGCGGGAGACCCAGGGCCCCCUGGCGUCGCUGGACGAGGGCUCGAGCUGCGCCGACGUGCGGCUCGCCUGGCAGGCCCUGUGUUGCCGCGCCCCGGGCCCCGAGGCCUCCUCCGCCGCUAUUUCGGAUGAGCCCCGGGCCGAGAAUAGCGGCGCUAUCUUGGGCCCCUCGUCGCAAGGUGACUCGGCCCUCGGAGCCUCCGGCGGCGCGGGUCCUCUGGACGCCAUCCUGCGCUCGCUGGAGCACAUCUGCAGCCAGCUGGAGGGACCCCACCAUGGGCCCGUGAUGCUGCCGGACGCCGGCGAGGCGGCGUCCCGGCUCAACUCGCGCUGCGCCCGCUCGCAGCCCAGCUCGCCCCGUGUGCGCGCCAAGCCUCAGCUGCCGGCUUACCUGACGCUGGCCAGGCGAGCCCGCGACGACGCCCUCGAGAUCGAGCAGAUCAAGUCCAUCCUGGCGUCCAUUGACUUCUCGCGCUACCGCAAGAAGCGCGCCGCCGCGGCACCGGAGGCCCCCGCGGACAUGGAGACGACGCCGCCCGCCGGCGACUCCUCGGCGGCGACGACAACGACGACGACGGCGUCGCGACUCCGUGAGCUCACCGAGAAGCUGAAGAGCCCCGUCGGUGCACCGGGCAGGCCCUCGGACACGUGGAGCCGAAGGCCCGCCGUGCACCGCAGCGCAUCCUUCUCGACGUCGGAGCUGCCCAUCUCGUCGCCGGCCAGGGAGACUCUGACGCUGCCACGCAAGGCAGCGACGGCAAGGCCUUCCUUCGGUGCUACGACAGCCACCGUGGUGCGCGGGACUGCGGCUGUAUCGAGGACGAGCCCGGCCGCCAGGACUGUGCUGGACGACGUCGCGGUGUCAAGCCUGAGCCUCGACUCCGCCGUCGAGUCCAUUGUUGACGAGACCGCGUACCAGCGGGACACGUCGCCCCCCGCGGCGGACCGGAGGGGCAGGGUGCCCCAGCGGUCGGGAUGCCGGUUCGCCCCCAUCGACGACGACGGGACCCGAGGUCCGCCACAACCUCCCGAAAAACGAAAGCGCCGCAAGGGGCUUGCGCCCGUGGAAGGUCCCAAGAAGGAGACCGGACGCUCCCUCACGUACCCACCCCAGCGGAAGACGGCCGAACAGGAGCUUGCCUUCUCCUCCGUGGACAGCAACGGGCUGAAGUCCCUCGGGGGCAGACCCGAGAAGCAACCCAGCGACCUGUCCCUCGCCGACAGCCAUUUUUGCCCCAGCGAAGCGCUGGGGGAGACCUUCGGCGACGUGGUGCAGAGCUUGUCCUCACGACCCGAACAGCGUUCGGAGCAGCGACAGGAGACCAAGUGCAAGAAGAAACACCUGAGCGACCCCAGCGCGGACAACACGGGGACCUCCGUGGAACUGCCCGAGUUCCUCCUGGCCGGCGGCUGCCGGAGCGAGCCCCAGCUGAGCUGCCCCGCGGCUCUGCACAAGCGGCAACACUCGGGCCCUGCCGCCCUGAGCCGCGCACCCCCGGCCCCGCUCUCGGACUCUGAACGUGCCACGUCAGACACCGAGCGAACUUGCAGCCCGCAGCGACGCUAUUCCAAGAAACGUCUUCGCGGACCGUACGGGGAGAUGCUGGAAGAAGAAAUGCGCAAGUCCGGCGAGAAACAGAAGACGGCCUUCUGCGAAGACCUGAGCUUCCUCCUCUCGGCCGAGCGGCAGACGACGACCGCGCAGCCCGUGCAGAAGCAACAGCAGCAGCAGCCGGCGUCGCAUCAGGAACCCCGGUCGAGACCCGCUCACCUGUCCAACAGUCUGUCCCUGGACGACACGCAGCUCAAAGGGUCCUCGUCGCUCGAAGCCGUGCCGGAAGCUGGGCUUCCGCGACGAAAGAUCAGUGCCAACUACCCGCUCACCGGUGCGGACACGUCGCCGUUCCUCAUGUGUGACUCGGACCUUUCGGAUGCGGCCGGCAAGGAAGCGUCGGUGUCGUGGAUGCCUCGCAACGCCGACGUGCAAACUCCCGUGCCGUCGCCAGUGCCGCCGACGCCGGGAUUGCAGCAUCAGGAUCGGCCUGGUGACGGCGAGCGGACCUCGCGUGCCGAGUCUUCUACCGUGACGCUGGCUGAAGAAUCGUCGCCGUUGAGGAGUGCUCCACUGCGCCGUCCGCAGGACACGAGGACGCACGUGGUGGGGGAGUUGUACGACACCGAGAAGUCAUACGUGGAGUCGCUCCAGAUCCUGGUCAAUAAGUACAUGCGUCCGCUCAAGAGUCCGGACUCUGCGGGCACCGUGGAGGGGACGCUGGUGGACGAGAUCUUCUACAUGAUCCCUGAGAUCCUGUCCCAUCACGAAUCAUUCCUGGACGUGCUCCAGCAGAGGCUCGCCUGCUGGGACACUCGCCAGAAAGUGGGCGACAUCUUCGUUGAAUCGUUCACCAAGCAACCUGUGAUAGACACCUACACCGCCUUCAUCAACAAUUGGAAGUCCGCCAAGGAAGCCAUCAAGAUGGCGACACAUGCAAAGCCAUCCUUUGCCAAGUUUCUAGAGCAUACUUCGAGAGAGCACAAGGGCAAGUUGGCCCUGGACGCUCUUCUCAUCAUGCCUGUGCAGAGGAUACCACGCUACGAACUGCUUAUCAAGGAGCUGAUCAAGCACACGCAGCACGACCAUCCGGAUCACCAACUCCUGGUGCUGGCCCAGAAGGAGGUUCAUGAGCUGGCGCUCAAGAUCAACCGCAUGGAGAGGGAGGCCUUCCAGCACGAGCAGAUGCAGCAGAGGGUGCGCGACGUCGAGCAGCUCAUCGAGGGCGUCAUGGACCUGGUUCAGCCCGACCGGACCUUCAUACGCUACGACUUUGUCACGAUUCCAGGCGGCCUUGGAACAAAGAAGGACCGGUGCCUGUUCUUGUUCUCCGACCUGCUUCUCAUCACCAGCAUCAAGAGGAAGAGCGGCACAAUGAGGAAGACGUCACCCUCCUCGUGUUCCCCCUCCGGUUUUGGCUUUGCCGUCUUCGACAUGAACAAGUACAAGCUCUUGCUGAGGUUCUCGCUGGAUAACCUGGACAUUCUGAAAACUGCUGACGUUGGGCUGAAGAGAGCCAUACGAGAAGCCGAGAACUUGGAAGAGGACGUUUCGCUCAUCAGCCAGAUAUCGGAGCUUGUCUCGCGCCUCAACUGUCCUCACCAGGCUUUGGAUGACACUGUUAGGGACAUGAUGACUUCGCUGAACAAGCAGCUGGCUGAACGACAGAGUUACGACCUGCAGCUGCUGAACCUCCAACUUACUGUUACCACUCAGGAAGGGGUGGAGAGCUUGACGAUCAUCUUUCCCUCAACGGAGAAACGCUCCUCCUGGGAGCUGGCUUUCAACGAGGCCAAGCAAAAAUUGGCGCUCUCGACGGAUCGCCGCCCUCCGCCGGAGUUCCUCCACCCGGUGCCCAUCCGCAAGACGCGCGCUGGCCUCCAGUUCACGUGCGCUGUGGCCACACUGGGGCUGAAUGCGCACGGCCUGCGAGACGUAUGGGUCUGCAACAGCGACGGCUACGUGGGGCAGGUGUGCGUGCUCAGUCUGCAGCCAGAACCGACUGUCAUGUCCUGCAACGGCGUCUGCAAUGCACGCAUCCUCUGCAUCGCCUCCAUCCCUGCGGCGAGCCCAGUCAUGAUGUCACUGGGACGUCGGAAAUCCAUAGUACCUGACUCAAAUGUGCUGGUCAGCACAGAUACAGAGGACAAGGAACCAGACGCCGGACAGCAGACACAGUCGAACAAUGGCAAUAUUCAGCUUGACAGUGACUCUAGUGAUGAGGAGGAGGAAGAAAGUGAAGAUCACAGUGAAUCGCAAGACGACGAACGUCUCACUGCUUCUCAGGAGACUCCCAAAGUGCCAAAAGAAGAGGUUGAAGAGAUGGACAAUCACUUCCCCACUAUGUGGCUGGGUACAGAGGACGGCUGCAUACACGUAUACAACUGCAACGAUAAUAUCAGGAUAAAGAAGAACAAAAUGAAGGUCCAGCAUUCAGCGGCAGUCCAUUGCAUCAUAUAUCUGGACAACCGCGUGUUCAUAUCGUUGUCAAGUGGCGAAAUUGCAAUCUACAGGAGAGACCCUGGGGGAGGGUGGAACACGAGCGAACCCCAGAAGGUGCUGGUGGGCAGCAGCGUCUCUCCCGUGCUGCGGAUGUUGGCAGUUGCCGGCCGUCUCUGGUGUGGCUGCCAAAACUACAUCAAGGUUCUGAGCACGGCAUCCCUGGAGGUGGAGCACUCGUUCCAAGUGAGCAGCGAUGCUUCCCGCGCGGUGCUGUGCAUGGUCACUUCCGGGCUUGGUGUCUGGCUGGCCAUCCAGCACAGUGCUGUCAUUCGGCUCUUCCACGCCACGACCUACGAGUGCCUGCAGGAUGUCAACAUAGCCCCGGCCGUCACCAAAAUGCUUUCUGCGUGCGACGACAUCAUUCGACAGCAUAAGGCAGCCUGUCUGCGAGUGACUGCCUUGCUGGCCUGUAAAGACCUGCUCUGGGUGGGCACCAGCGCGGGGGUGCUGCUCACCCUCCCCUUGCCACAUCUCACCUCCAACACAAGCCGCCUGGGCUGUCCGCCCAACAUUGCUGGCGUGCCGCAUGGCCACACGGGCCACGUACGGUUUCUGACGGCGGUGGAGACGACGGAGCCCCCGGGGAGGCACCACCACCACCGGUCGCUGCGGUGCUCGCGGGGCGACGGCGGAGCAGCGACGGGAGCGUCGCUCGCUGGCCGGCGGGCGUCCCUGACGCCAGCCGCGGGCUGCCGCCUGCUGGUCAUCAGUGGCGGUGACGGUUACGAGGACUUCCGCAACGCCGGACUCACGGAGGCCGCCGGCCGAGACGACAGCACCAACCACCUCCUGCUGUGGCAAGUGUGAUGACGCGCGACGGUUCACGCUCCGGCUCCGAGAUCGUGGAGGAGGACCUCGGUCCACGUUGGGGCUCGGGCCGUCUGUGCGGCGUCGAAGAGAGCGCGCGGAGGUUAGGCCUAGUGAGGAGAGACCGCGCGCGGAGACCUACUCGCCUGCAGUGGUAUACUGGCGCUGGUGAAGCUCGGACGACGGUGCGACCGGGAAGGUCUGGGGCGGAGCCAGGACAGUCCGCCCUCUGGGACUGUCCGACAUCUGGGACCGUGCGACUCGAGCUGUCCCCCAUCGAGGGAUAAUCGACGGUCCGGGCCCAGUUCCGCUCAAGGACCGGUCACGGUUUGGACCGACGAUGGUCCGGGACCGUUACUGUCUUCGAGGCUUUGAUACGGGGCUGCAGACGGUUCGCAACAGUCUGCGGCUUUGGACCGUCCACGGUCGAGACGGUUCGUGGUUGGAGGCCGCCUGCCAUCUGGGACGUCCGUGGCUCCGGUGGUAAAGGGACGGGGACUCCCUGCAGUUCGAGACUAUCUGAGGUCCUUCGUGGUUUUAGGGUGUCUGGCAUCCUCGUUCCCGGAGGAAGCGUGUUGUCUGCGGCUGGCUCCCAAGAGAGAGAACUGUCGCCUUCGCGCCGAGACGGCGGGGGCGGAACAAUUUCUUCCUGCAGCGUGACUUCCGACCCGCUCGAGCGAGGAACGACGCUCGCCAGUGUGGGACUUCCGCAAGUGCCAAAGACUCGAAGCUUGGAGAAGGUUGCCGAACGCGUGGCCAGCGAGGGGACCUGAGUCCGGUUGCUGGCCGCACCUUGCGAAUGUGGACUUUGCACAAAAUUGUUUUUCUGUCAGUGCCGUAACUCGAUUUGGUUGUGGGGUUUCUUCGGGGUGCACGUGGCCCCGGAGAAAGUUGUCGGCAGUUGGAUUGUGGGGGUCUUAGAGAACCAUCUGGCCCCGGCGGGCCGCCAGCUCUUGCAUACUGAGCCGUCACCGACGCUUCCAGCAAAUGCAUCAACAUAAUGCCGCCAAGUUGUGUGCAACUGCCGCUGUUUGUGCCGUACCAUUUUGUGUCCCAGAAUGUAUUUGCUGUCGCAGGCGUAGGUACUGCUCGGAUCGAGCGCACUGUGGCUCACCCUGUCGAGGAUUCGGUGGUCUUGCCAUCACGGAUGAUGCAGCAGUUCAUAAUACCUCCUCGGUAUUACAACCCAGCCAAAUGUUUUUCAUGUUUUGUCUUGCCCUUUGAAUUUGACUCGACGGGCAGUUCUCGCUGCGUGCCAAGGAGAUUUUAAAGCUUCCAGUUACCUCGUAGCGUUCCCACGAUAAGUCAAGCACAGGCAUUUGAUUGGAUCAGCACGAUGUAUGCACACUGCACUCUGCUGUUGGAUCCUUUGGUUGGAGAACCGUCUCGAAUUUCUACCCGAGCUCACGUUCCGUUGAGAAAUCGUUCAUGUUACCUUCGCACUCCCAACUCGCACGUCACGUGCAGACUGGGCUUUCUUAACUUCAGUUGAUGCGGCAAAGCCGGAACGUUUGUGCGAAGCAUUGCCGGUUUCUAAUUAGACUCUUCUCAGAAGAACUUAAAGGGUGAACAAAAGUUUGUAUUUUUUUGCUGUCUAUAGUGAGUGAACUGGAUACAUUGUAAAUCUGUUAAACUUUGGAACUCCGACGAAGGGCGCUUGGUUCUUGCAAAGACAUUUGAGCUGAUAGCUAAGUGUUUGCAACGACAGGUGCAUUUGGCUUUCAGUUUUACUGAGGCCAUUAUAAUGUAGUAAGUUCGCAAAGCCAUUUGAGCCAGCAAAGUUUGUUCAUGGUUUUAAUGCUGGGCUUCUGUUUCUAUCACGUAUGCCCUGGAGGAUUGAGCUGAGUUUGGAGCUUUAAACAUCAUGGCCCUGAUGUCUCUCCUGGUGAGAGGGCUUUGCUGCAGGUCAAUGAUAGAAUAUACCUUUCGUAAAACACACCGCUUUGAAGACUCGGGACUGAUGUAACAGUCCGAAAGCAUGACCCGUGGUGUCCACCCGCACAGUGCAUCACGCUUUGUCACAAGUUUUUGACAUACCUACGAUGUUACCAUGGAUGGUGCACCAUCCCACUGAUCUUAGCUUUUGGAAUGAAAGUGCAGCCAACCAUUAGUCACAUUGGCUUGUUCCCACUUCAGCAAUACCACAAAGAACUAUUUUAGAAGCGAAAACGUCGUCAGGUUUUAGUCAGUCGUGCCUGUUAUAGCUUUACAAAAGAAAAUCUGUCCAUUUAAAGCAUACAGUUUCCAUUUCAUUACCAAACAAAUACUGUGGCUAAGUUUACUUUUCUCGUAAACCGUUCCCACUGACUUCAGGCGUUGAGGGAACAAUAAGUGAGCUAGAAGACUAAGGGUUAACUGGUUAUCGUCUUUUGCAAAGUGAGAAUGGCAGCAAGAGUCUUUCGAAUGCCCAGGCUCCAAAUUGUGCUUUUAUGCUUUCUGCUGGGCCUUGGCUGGAGGCGCAGGUGACGCUGAAGCAUCCUCUAAGGUCGGAAGCUUCUCGCUACCGUUCUCAGUGACUGUAGACGAUUAAAGAUUAAACCGACUAGCAUGCUUAAAACAAGCGGUAUUGAAAGAACGCUUUGUUACGUCACAUAGUAUGUGAAACCUAUACGGAGUGCAAAGCUGAGCGCAAGUUUGUCUGCUUCUUUUGCAGGGGUUGUAGAACGUGAAAACGUCGAGCUCUUAUUGGCUCUGAUUGAAGGAUAGCGGGCCCGACCUCAAGGCAGCUUGCUUCGAGGUCUACCCAACUAUCCUUCAAUCAGAGCCAAUCAGAGCUCGGCGUUUUGACGUCACCACAACCCCUGCAAAAGAAACAGACGAACUUGCGCUCUGCAUGGGCCUCAAGUCAUUGAUUGUGACUGGCUAGGCAAAACUUGUGUGCACUUUCAGAGCGCUCUUGCCCAUUUGUAUUCGAAUUGUUGCGAGGUGAAUCCAACGACCCAUUUUCUCCCAGUUGCCCAGGCGAGCAGUUCUGACGGGGACGACGUAAAGACAACGAAAAACGCACCAGGGCUGGAACGGACUCCGUUUCCUGCCCGAAGCACUCUCCGGGCUGCGCCCGUAGUUUCGACGCGGGUUCCACAUGGUCGCCCGCUCCUUCUUCUUUCGUGUGGCAGAAUUUCCUCAGAAGUGCACCGAGCACUUAUGUACAUUGUUUACUUUUCAUCACGCUGUUUCGUGGACGGAGAAAGAGGGGCGAGACAAACGGGAAUGCAGGAAAAGAGAAUUGCCGUUGUUGCACGUUCAGGUUGACCUGCAUGUGCUCUCUUUCUCUCUCUCUCUCGAUUUCUUUCACUGUUGAUGUCUCGUGCUCGUCACUGUUGUCACACGGUUCCGUUCCAUCUGUUUGUUCGUUUGUUUUACGAGGAAGGACCCAUAAAAUGUGUAUAACUGCGGAGAGGUGAGCGCAGGUCGGAAGGCGUACGGCGGGAGAUGACCUUCCGUUAGACUCGGUUUUGUUUGUUGUGUUUGUUUGCCCACUGCUUUACUCAUCUCUGUGUAAACUUUGCACUCAAUGAGAACGAAGAAAAAACAGCAAAAAAUGGACAAAAAAAAAUAAGAGGUGUCAUUCACAGAGAAA